UUUUUUCUUUACUCGUUUGUCAAGUGAUUUCUACAAAACAAGCCGUGUACAAAACAAUGAAAAUUGAGUAUUUUUUAGCAUGCUGUAGAUAUCAGAUAAAUUCUAUUUAGAAUAUAUCACAACGAUGGGAAAGUUCAAGAAUAUAUUUGUAAAUUUGUUCCCGAAGACUAGUUCAAAAUUAGAAACGGAUGCGGUCAUAAUUCCAAGAAGAUCAAACACAGUGAGCAGUGAGAGCGAUAAAAUCGACGUUCUAAACAAUGAACACACAGGUCCAGGUAACACUGCAGUGGAGAAUUCAGCUAUCGUGCCAACUUCAUCAGACUCACUAGUAGCAGUGAAUCUGGAUGCUCCGGAACAACAGCUCGAACUUGCAAAUCCGAGUGCAGGGGCGCUGACGCAGAAUAUUGUCAACAAUGUACAAAACAAUACUUUAGCGGCACCUCAGACAUCGAUAACCAAUACAGCUGGAAUUCAGGUGUAUCAGAUAAAAAACGCUCAAAAUGUUCACAUUGGAACCAGCUUUACAUUCCACACUGGCGAAGAUCGCAUCAAACCAACCAAUACAAGCGGUAAUGUUAAGUGGGCAAACCUCAAGCUAUCAGAUACCAUCAAACAAAUGAUGGAUUGUAAGGAAGACCUAGACACGGGCAUGAUGGACACCAUAUCCAGACACAUGGGAUACGAAUGGAAAAGUUUCGCCAGAACUCUGCAGUACUCUGAUGGCCAGAUUGAAGCAUUCGAAUGUGAUCACAGUACAUUGGCCGAGCAAAUUUAUCAUUUUGUGCUUGACUGGAUACGAAACGAUGAUGAACCUACGCUUGGACGAAUGGUUAAGUUGUUAUGGGAACAUAAACAUAAGGAAACAGUUUAUUAUAUGAAACUUUUAUGGAAAAAACGAAACCGCAAAACUCCCGACUAAUUGUGCAUCAUCGAGCACUGUACGUUUUUCUUUGUGUAAAAAAAUCCAGCUCUACAAAAUCGCAGUAGGUUUCGCAAAAAUCAUUCCAAAACAAAACAGUGUCUUAUCAAACUCAAAAUAAAAGUAAUGUUAUUACCAAAUACAUUUGGUAAUAAUGUAUUUGGUUAUUACUAUUAUGUAUAUAUAAA